AUGUGGUCACUGACAGUCCUUCUGCUCCUGGUUCCAAGCAGUGGGCAAGCUGCCACCCUGGAGAAGCCCACAUUGUCUCUACACCCACCUUGGACCACGAUCUUCAAGGGGGAGCGGGUGACCUUGCGGUGCGAUGGCUACCACCCUCUGCUCCUGGAGCUCCGGCCCAUCAGCACUCUCUGGUACCUGGGUCACCUGCUCCUGCCCUCCCACAAGAAGAGCAUUGAGGUGCAGACGCCAGGCGUGUAUCGGUGCCAGACACGGGGAGCGCCUGUCAGCGACCCCAUCCACCUGUCUGUGUCCAACGACUGGCUGAUCCUGCAAGUGCCCUACGCCCCGGUGUUCGAGGGUGAGCCGCUGACUCUGCGCUGCCGCGGCUGGUACGACAAGGUGGUCUACAAGCUUCACUACUACCACGACGGCCAGGCCGUGCGCUACUUCCACUCCAGCGCCAACUACACGGUGCUGCAGGCGCGCGCCAGCGACAGCGGGCGCUAUCAGUGCUCGGGCACCAUGCGCAUCCCGGUGGAGAGCGCGCCCAUGUUCUCCGCCAAGGUGGCCGUGACCGUGCAAGAGCUGUUCCAGACCCCGGUGCUGAGAGUGCAGCGCGGGGAGGAGGCCCGCGGCGUGGCCCGCGGCGAGGGGACCGAUUCUCGGUGCGUCACACUCACAGGCUCUCCCCAGGAGCUGGCGUCCACCUCCGCCUCGGCCCCCCAGGCCGCAGCCUUGGCGCCCGGCGACCAGCCGCUUUCCUUCCGAAAGCCCCCGGUGUCCAGAUCGGUCCCGUCGGUCACCUCCGUCCCGAACACCACCUCGGCCGGGCUGCAGUUCCGGGCGGGCAGCGGCCCCACUGCGGGGCCACCUGCCUGCGCCCCGCGCACGCCCUUGGAACCGUCAGCUGGAGCCCCGAAACCCGACGUGGCGCUUCUGCUCCGAGAAAUCCAGCUGCUCAAAGGCCUCCUGAGCCGCGUGGUUCUGGGAUUGAAGGAGCCACAGGCGCCCCCGGAGCUCAGGGGAACACCCGAGACCUCCACUCCCCACUUAGCUGUGAGCCCAGGGACCCCAGAGACCACUCUUGUGGAGAGCUGAGGGUGGCUGCGUCCCCCUGCCCAGGCCUAUUCCUACCGGGAGCUCCCGCUUCCCACGACGCGACGCGUCCUGCGUCCUGCUGUUUUGCUGUGGUUUUUAAAGAAGCGCCGGUAACAUGCGGUGGCUUCGAUUUCGACCUCACUCCACCCUGUGCAACCACCGGCAUCCUCUCUGCCCUCUUCCUCCUCACCCGGAUUCGGUAAUGACAAAGAACCCUGUUAUUUCUUUGCAAUUUACAUUUGGAAGUAAAUUCAGUCGGCCCUGGCUGUUCUUGGAAGCCUAGCCAUACAAACUUUAGUGCAGGCAUUUUGGGGUACUUCAUUCAUUAGGUUAAGUGAACUCGUUAGAUUAUUUUGGGGUCAACUAAUUAUUCAUAAUGACUUCGUCCUCUGUUAAUAUUUAAGACUUUCAGUCCUACUAUUGACGAGUUUGUAUCCGCAAGCCCUAGAUUCUGUUUAGUUUUAGCGAGGGAAAAAUAUUUUCCUGGGCUCUCAGGGUCGGAGCUUUGUGGUAACCCCUGCCCCAAUGGAUGGAGGACCUCAAAAAGUAUGUAGAA